CGACCAUACCACAGCGUCUGCCUCUUGCACUCCCAAAUAGAGCUAGACACACACUGCUUCCUCUUCUACAUCUGCGCGCUCUCAUCACACCAACUACACUUCCCGCGCAUCCGUAGGGCGCAGCUCUACACGCGAUGGCAACACGCGACACAGAGACCACGGUGGCCGCAAUGAGUUCAGGUGCAGCGCGCGUCCUUGUCCCUCUCUUCUCGACGCUGGCAAGCUCCACGAUGCUUUUCGUGCUUGUUAUUCUCAUCUAUUAUGUGCGUUUCCGGAGACAUGGCCGUAUCAUGCUUGGAAAUGGUUUGCCUGGCGCGUUCGAUGAUGCUCAGCAGGCGCAACGGGAGGAGGAGAUGUAUCUCCAUACACUGGAUGAUCAAGCGCGGCAGCAAUACUUCCAGGCAAAAGCAUUUCAAGAGGCGAAUCCACCGGAUAGCGCCAACACGGACAUUUCACUUUCGCAGUUCAUGUCGAUUCAGGAAAAAGGUGUUUCUGCAUGGGAAUUCGAGCCAGACCUAGAAGCAACCACUUGCUUUGUGGAGUGCCGCACAGAGCUGGCCUUUUACGACCAAGAGUGCUCAGUUCAAACAAAUUUGCCGAUACCCAAACAAAACGAUGUCUAUUAUUGGGAGGCAAAGCUGUAUGACUUUCCAGAGAGCACUAUCGCUGCAAUUGGUGUCGCCACAAAACCAUACCCUGCGUUCCGGUUGCCAGGCUACAACAGGCAUAGUGUGGGUUACCUGACAGAUGGUACAAAACGACGUAAUCAACCCUUUUUUGGCAAGACGUAUGGUCCUGUUUGUCGGCAAGGCGAUGUCAUCGGAUGUGGCUACAAGCCGCGCACCGGGACCGUCUUCUUUACUCGCAACGGUAAGAAAUUAGAAGAAGCCGCCACGGGCUACAGGCAAAAUAUCUUCCCCUCCGUCGGUGCGAAUGGGCCGUGCCAGAUUCAUGUCAAUUUUGGUCAGGCUGGGUUUGUCUUUAUUGAGGCCAAUGUCAAGAAAUGGGGUCUUGCACCCAUGAACGGGACUUUGGCUCCGCCGCCUGCCUAUGGCUCUAGUGAGAUCACAGAUUCUGUGCUCCUUGCAGCUGGGUUCAGUGCACAACGGUCUUCUGCAGAGGACCGACAUGGAUCGACGGGUAGUCUGCUUGAUUCCCAUCCUGAUGAUGGAUCAGUCAUGCCAUAUCAGUCGGACAUCUCCUUGGCCACCAUUGCGCCGCGUCAUCACGGCUUUGAUGCGGGACAAGUGGUUGGACCAUCAUCACGUACGGGUGGUCCACCGAGCUAUACGUCCGAGCAGCGUCGGCAACAGUCUGCGACUGGUGCUCAGGGACCUCCACCACCACUGAGUCCAGAAAUUCAAGACCAUUCACGGUAUGAGCGGAUGUAAGUGACACGUAUACAUGUUUCUUUGUGUCUCUUUAUAGCAAAUAGCAAAGGCAAGGCUUAUUUUAUUCAUGUAGCGAUCUUGAAG